UUCAGCCAAACAACUAAACUCUGACUCUGCAAAAAUAAAAAUUAAAAGCGAUAAAAAUGAAGGAGAAAGAAAAAAGGACGGAAAAAGAGGCCAACAUUUUUUGUACUUGGGAAUACACAUCAUAAAAUAUCAUAUCUUGGAAGUUGAUUGAGAAAGAAGAUAAUUUCAGCAUUGCAUUUGAUUUUUACAUCAAAAUCAUAGAACAAAAGUUAUACCUUCUUAUGCCUGACCACCCUUCACAUAGUGGAAUUUGUUAAUCACUUGUGAAUGGUUUGAGCAUUAAAUUUUUGUUCUCAUAUAGAGUUUGUUGAUAAAGUGGAAGAUUUUUUGGAACAUCAUCGUUGGUUUUGCCAUUUUGGUACAGGCUAAGUGUCAUUGAGAGGGAAGACUGGAAAAAUGUCUUAGAUAUGGUUACAAACGCAAAGCAGAUGGUGUCUUCAGUGCAAGAUGUAGCUCGAAAACUUGCAGAUUAUGCAAAGUUCAGAUGCAAGAAUGAUUCUUCUGAUGUUCUCAUCAGAAAGGAAUCCUCUACUUUUCCUUUCGACUCUUCAACGUCAAAAUCAACUACAGAGAAUGCCGCUGUCCUUAAGAAUGAAGAAUCUGCCGGUACAGUACCUGAGGAGCUACUUGUACCAGGGACUGUGUACUGUCUAAAGAGAGAUUUCGACACUCAGACCAGUGGCAGUGACAAGGAAGGUAGGGAAUUUUUCACACUCUGGAAAAGACAUCCUGGUGAACAUUUCCAGAGGAUAGUGCUCUCAGGCAACAUAAUUUCUGACCACAAAUGUGACAACCAUUUCCAUGCUCUACGAGAUGUACUAAAAGGCUUGCCAGGGUCAAGUGAUGAAUGGAUAUUCAGAUAGCCGAAAUCCAAAUUGUUCA